AUGGCGACCAAAAGAGAGCGCGAGGAUCUUGACGAAGGCGAGGUAUCAAAACCUCAACCAAAGCGACCGAAGAAACAAGGCGGCAAAACGCGACAGCAUCAAAAUUCCGGCAUUGAUCCAACUUGGGGCCAGAAAUAUGUCUUUGCAGGCAACGAACAUGCGACAACGAUUCCUGCGGGCGAAGAAUCCGAUUUCGAAGAUGAUGCCGACGCGAUGGCAUAUCUUAACUCCGUCAGACAAGAAGCAAACGGAAUACCCCAUUUGCUCGUUGCGCCCAAAGUUCAAAUAGGACCCCAACUGCCAGCUGAGCUCCGAGACGACCAGGAUCAAGACGAGGGACCUGCCGACAGGGCCAUAUACGAGGACGGUGUCGGCGACUCUCGAGGCUGGUAUGAGGACGGCGCGUACAUGGCAAAGCCCGACAACGUAGCUAAGGUGAGCGAAUACGAAGACGGAGAAUAUCCUGGAGAUGAAGAUGACGAUUAUGACGAGGAAGUCGCUAUACACGAAGCUUAUCUUGCCUCCGUCAUGGACCAAUACCUCCACUUGCGAACGAUCCUUCAUACCGAACCUCCUUCAAACGCACGCUCCCGCCUAGCAAAGGCUCAACUAAAAACCGAAGCGCCGGCAGACAACCAAGCCUCUGUUAUAGGAACAUGGUCUCGACUUCUACGCGACACCGAUCCGCACCCACUCCAAGUCGCCCUCAUGUCUAAAGACACCACAUUACGCAUUCUGCGUAUCCUUCUUGGCGGCAAAUUCCUCCGCCGCGGGUACACACUUCCAGAGCGCACAAGCCGCUGGAUCUGGGCAUUGCUCGCGAGACUGCCAGAUAGGGGUGAGCUCAACUAUGCUGAGAUCGGCUGGGUUCGUGACCUUGGGCGGAGAGCAGUCUUGUUAGGCAGGAGUCUAGCAGAGAUGGCGGCCCUGAGAGAGGAGUUGGAAGAGGGCGGACUGGGUGCGCAUGAAGCUGUUGAUAGAAGCAGCAGCGACGAAGACUUAAUGGCUGACCCAGAAGAUUUGGAGGUUGAAGGAGCUGUCAGCCCUGAGCAAGAUGAGGAUGAUUCACCACUCGAGAAUGACCAGGAUACCGAGCAAACACGGAAAGCUACGGAACCUAAGAUGACUUCUCCGCUAAAGGCUGAUGCAGAAGAUGGUGAGAUAGAUGAGGACGAAGAUGUGGCUAUGGACAUCGCAUCCGACUCGGAAGCUGAAGAAGGUGAAGUCGCAGCUCCGGAACCUCAGGAGAACCUACAGGCGGCAAAAGAACGACUACUUGGUCAACUCGAGAAUGGUACGAGUUCAGAACAGGACGAAGAGGCCGAGAAAGAGGCUGCGAAACAACGACUGCGGGCGAAUCUACGUGCUACACUCAACAUGAUCUUGACAGUAGCUGGUGAGUUUUACGGACAGAGAGAUUUACUCGAGUUUCGCGAGCCAUUCGUGGGAAUGUAA